GCUUUUAAUAUAUAUAUUCCUGCACCGACACUUGCAUGUGAUUUGUACUUUGGUUUAAAAAAAAACAACAACAAACGAAACAAAACAAAGCCUAAAUAAAUAAAUCCAUAGGAAAGACGGUUUUGCAGACCGAAAGUUAAAACUUAUGCAGAAGUUGGCCAUGCAAAUGUGGAUGAACGGAGCGCGCUCUCCUCGGCUCUCCAGCCCCUGAAAUAUCUGGCAAAGCCUCCUCAGAAUAGCUGGGCAAGGUCCCGUAUAGACUACUGCGCUGCAUGGCAUCAUGGGUGGCCCUUGACGACUUCUGCCAACAUUGGUUCUGAGUGGGAAACAAACUUAACUCUGAAGGAUGGCGGAACCCCGUUUUAACAACCCGUACUUCUGGCCACCCCCUCCCACCAUGCCCAGCCAGCUGGACAAUCUCGUUCUGAUCAACAAAAUCAAGGAGCAGCUCAUGGCAGAGAAGAUCCGGCCGCCCCACCUGCCCCCAACGUCUGUGUCUUCCCAGCAGCCUUUGCUGGUGCCCCCCUCCCCCGCAGAGAGCAGUCAGUCCAUCAUGUCCAUCCCUAAGCUGCAGCAAGUCCCCGGGCUGCACCCCCAGGCGGUCCCGCAGCCGGAUGUCGCCCUACACGCCCGGCCGGCCACCAGCACUGUUACAGGUUUGGGGCUGGGCUCCCGGGCUCCUGCGGUCAGCACCUCGGAAUCCAGCGCCGGCACGGGCACCAGCACACCUUCCACCCCCACCUCCACCAGCCAGAGCCGCCUCCUCGCAUCCUCGCCCACCCUCAUCUCAGGGAUCACCAGCCCUCCGCUGCUGGACUCCAUCAAGACCAUCCAGAGCCACAGCUUGCUGGGCGCCCCCAAGUCGGAGCGGGGCCGGAAGAAGAUCAAGGCAGAGAACCCGUCGGGCCCCCCGGUCUUGGUCGUCCCCUACCCCAUUCUGGCCUCGGGGGACAUCGGGAAAGAAGGCAAGACGUACCGGUGUAAAGUCUGCCCGCUCACCUUCUUCACCAAGUCGGAGAUGCAGAUCCACUCCAAGUCCCACACGGAGGCCAAGCCCCACAAGUGCCCCCACUGCUCCAAGUCUUUCGCCAACGCCUCCUACCUGGCGCAGCACCUGCGCAUCCACCUGGGCGUCAAGCCCUACCACUGCUCCUACUGCGAGAAGUCCUUCCGCCAACUUUCCCACCUCCAGCAGCACACCAGAAUUCACACUGGAGACCGACCUUACAAGUGCCCUCACGCUGGCUGUGAAAAGGCCUUCACGCAGCUCUCUAACCUCCAGUCCCACCAGCGGCAACACAACAAGGACAAGCCAUAUAAGUGCCCAAACUGCUACCGGGCGUACUCAGACUCUGCCUCGCUCCAAAUCCACCUCUCGGCGCACGCCAUCAAGCACGCCAAGGCCUAUUGCUGCAGCAUGUGCGGGCGGGCCUACACUUCGGAAACCUAUCUGAUGAAGCACAUGUCCAAACACACAGUGGUUGAACAUCUAGUGAGUCAACAUUCUCCUCAAAGAACAGAGUCUCCGGGCAUCCCUGUGCGGAUCUCCCUGAUAUGAACCACGAGGACACACCCUCCCUUUGCACGGCGGGUCUUCUCGACUCCCGGAACCAGAGGGGGAGGGAGAAGAAGGACAGAACAGCCUCGGAUUGGAUCACGUGAACCACGUUCUCCAGCGCCGCCGCCACCUCCUCGGCUUCUUUUCUGGUGCGAAGGGCGCUUCCUUCGCUACGGUCAGGACCAAGGACAGAUCUCCUCCUCCUCGGGGCCUCAGCCUUGGACUGUAUGUUUCGUGGGGGAUAUCUAGGAAGUAUUUUUUUGAGUUUGGGGGUCAGCCAAAGACAGUUCCACAGCACUUUGAACCGCCUUGUUUUCUUUCUUCCUUCCGUGGAGCCCCUCUUGAUUUUCUUCCUUUUUUUUCUCAAUCUCGUCUGAUUUCCUCAAUUUUUAUUUUAUAUUUUGACGGUGACGAUAUUCGAACUAGACGGCUCACCCCCCCCUCUUUGGACUCUCCUCUGGAGUGACCGAUAGGACAUUUUUUUUCGGACGGGGAUUGGAAUCCGAUACGACGGGCGAGCGUUGCCGGCCACCGGCGAGUGCCGUGGCACGGCGAGGCGGAAUUGGCGACGGCUUGGUGGCAACGUGAAAAAAGACACAACUUUGUGCAUCCUAAACUCACAAAGCGUCUAGGUUGAAACGAGGAAGGGGGCGUCCCGGCUCAGAGCCAUGCCAAGGUGCCUCCCCCAGGCUAGGAAGGUGUGGGGAGAAGAUUGCGCAGCUGGCACGGCCGGAGCGUGGCCCACAAGCUGGGGACCCAGGAUUGGGGUACAAAUAAUAGGUAGCCUGCGUUAUGUCAGGAUCUCACUACCUGGUCACCUUUGCUGGGGGGGUGGGGGAGAGGGAGUGGGGUGUGUGUGUCAAAGCCCGCCUCUUUUCCCAUAGUCAUGGGGGGCAGCCUUUGUUGGAACCCCAGCAGCAUCUGGAAGGAUUGCUUAAAGGCCUGGGGACAGGUCUCUGGGAAAGAAAGUUAACUUUUUUAGUUUCCUUUCAUCAGAAGGGGGUCUGCAUUAGGUUCUCCCCAGCUUCUGGCACCCCAUGGGGAAUGCUCCAUGCUUCUGUUUCCCCACAUGUGCAUUUGGGGUGAGGGCAAAGGAUUGCAACGGGGGGAGGGUAAAACCCCCCCAAAGAAUAUGGGGGUCUACUGAGACCUUGAAGCGCGAGGCCGGCAGAGCAGCCCGCUUGUGGCCCUCCCGAGGUUGCUGAACUACAGUUCCUAUCAGCCCCUAUCCGGGUGAGAAAGACGCAGGGCGUUGCGAUCCAGCUGUGUCUGGAACCCCUCUGCCACAGCCCCAGAUCUCUGCAGUUCAGUUGAAGUUGAGGCUUCUCAUGGCCUGCCGUCGGCCCCUUCUACACAUUGUGGCCACCUCAUUUGGGUGCAAAGAGUGAAUUUGGGGGGGGGGGGAGAGCCUUUAUCUAAGACUGCUUUAACACUGGGUGCAUCCUUUGCCAGAGAGGGGGACCUCAUCUGGUGCAGAGAGGACCUAAAGGUUACCAAGAUAAGUUUUGUUCUUUUAUAUGGUCUAGACCAGUGGUCUCCAACCUUGGGUCUCCAGAUGUUCUUGGACUACAACUCCCAGAAAC